AUGAAUGUCCAUGUCUCAGAUCUGAUCAAAUAUGACACCCCGUACCUCGGUCCCAAGAUUCAACUCAUGCUGUCCCAAUUGGAGUUCAAGUUGAGUGUGGAAAUGCAAUAUAAAGCCGGUAUCGAAAAGAUGGUUCGUUUGUACCAGGACGAGGGCGACCGGAAGAGUCGCGCCGAUGCAGAGGGCCGUCGCAUCGAGAGCAACCAGAAGAUUCAGCUUUUGAAGCAAGCCCUGAAGCGAUAUGAGGAUCUCCAUGUCGACAUUGAGUCUGGGGAUGCACCAGAUGAUGAGAGUCUGAGUGCUCCAAACAUGCGCAAGCCGCUGACUGGUCUAUUGACCAUGCGAAUCCAUGCGGUCAAAGAUGUUGAUCAUGCCGCCAGUUCACGAUUUUCUCGAGGCCCGGAGACAUUUGUCAUUGUGAAAGUCGAAGACGCAAUCAAAGCGAGAACCAAGGCUACUCGAAACGAUAGAUUCCUGGACGAGAGCUUCUCCAUGGACAUCGACAAGGCGAACGAGAUCGAAUUGACGGUUUACGACAAGUCCGGAGAUCGCCCCACUCCCAUCGGUAUGUUGUGGGUGCGUAUUUCUGAUAUCGCAGAAGAGAUGCGCCGAAAGAAGAUUGAAACGGAGCUCAAUGCGUCCGGGUGGGUAUCCGCAGACAAAAUGGCCGAUGGUGGUUCUCCUCGACAUGACCACGGCGGUUCUCCCAUGGGCUCUUCACAUGGCCCUAGUCCUGGAGGACGACCCGGCACUGCCGGACAGGGUGGUCACCAUGGCGGCGGUAGCUCUAAUGUUCCCCCAACUGUCAUGAUCGAUUCAUGGUUUGCUCUUGAGCCAGUUGGUCGGGUUCACCUUCAAAUGAGCUUCGCCAAACAAUUGAAGGAUCGUCGUCCCUUCGACAUUGGUCUCAACCGUCAAGGUGCCGUGCGUCAAAAGAAGGAAGAGGUGCACGAGAAGCAGGGUCACAAGUUCGUCACUCAGCAAUUCUACAACAUCAUGCGCUGUGCGCUGUGUGGAGAAUUUCUCAAGUAUGCCGCAGGCAUGCAGUGUGCGGACUGCAAGUACACCUGCCAUCGCAAGUGCUACUCCAAGGUUGUCACCAAGUGUAUCAGCAAGGCCAACUACGAAACCGACCCGGACGAGGAGAAGAUCAACCACCGCAUUCCUCACCGUUUCGAAGGAUUCUCCAAUAUCUCCGCGAACUGGUGUUGUCACUGUGGCUAUCUCCUUCCUUUUGGACGCAAAAAUGCCAAGCGCUGCUCUGAGUGUAGUCUUACGUGCCACGCUCAAUGCACUCACCUUGUGCCCGAUUUCUGUGGAAUGACGAUGGAAGCGGCGAACCAAAUUCUUGAGACAUUGAUUCGCACCAAGAAUCACAACAAGUCUGCCUCUGUUAGUUCCGGCCUCAGCAACCGUACCCUUCGACCAAACGGUCCCCCGCAGCCCCCCCAAGACAAUGCUGCCCUCUCCUACCCCCAGAAGCCGAUGCAAGGACCCUACGGGGCUAUUCCCAGACAACCCUCUGCAGAAGCGGUAAGCGCAGCCACUAACUCCUUCAUGACCCCACAGUCACCAACAGCUGCUGCACAGGCACAACGCCAACAGAUGGCACCGAAAUCGCCCACUGCACCAUCCGCUGCAGCUGCCGCUGCCGCUGCCGCUACUGGCCUACGCAGUCCCCAGCAAACACCUAUUCUAAUCUUAGCCGAAAUGAGCCGUCCCAUGCCGCCACCACAGGCUCCUCAACAGCCCCAACACGCCCAUUAUGACCCAUCCGCCUAUGCCACCUAUGCCAACUUCCCGCAGCAACCUCCCCAGCCACAAGCUGUGCAGCAGGCGCAGCCACCUUACCAGAUGGCGCCGCCAACUCAGCCGAUGCAGCCUGUGCCUCAGCAACAAGUUGCACCUCCUGCCAAGGACGAGGUUGCCGCGCAGUCAAAGUCGCGUAUUGGAUUGGAUCACUUCAACUUCCUCGCUGUUCUUGGAAAGGGUAAUUUCGGAAAAGUCAUGUUGGCUGAGACCAAGAGUUCUCGCAAGUUGUACGCCAUCAAGGUAUUGAAGAAGGAGUUUAUCAUCGAGAACGAUGAAGUAGAGAGCACCAAGUCUGAGAAGCGUGUGUUCUUGAUUGCCAACAAGGAGCGUCACCCAUUCCUUCUGAACUUGCACGCUUGUUUCCAGACUGAAACUCGUGUCUAUUUCGUUAUGGAGUAUAUCAGUGGUGGUGAUCUUAUGCUGCACAUUCAGCGUGGUCAAUUCGGUCUCAAGCGAGCACAAUUCUAUGCCGCCGAAGUCUGCCUGGCGCUCAAGUACUUCCACGAGAAUGGUGUCAUCUACCGUGACUUGAAGCUCGACAAUAUUAUGCUGACCCUGGAUGGGCACAUCAAAGUCGCCGAUUAUGGUCUUUGCAAAGAAAACAUGUGGUAUGGUAGCACAACCAGUACCUUCUGUGGUACUCCUGAAUUUAUGGGUCCGGAAAUUCUGCUGGACAAGAAGUAUGGCCGGGCUGUGGAUUGGUGGGCAUUCGGUGUCCUCAUUUACCAGAUGCUUUUGCAGCAAUCUCCGUUCCGUGGUGAGGAUGAAGACGAGAUUUACGAUGCCAUUCUUGCCGAUGAGCCUCUUUACCCCAUUCACAUGCCCCGCGACUCGGUGUCGAUUCUUCAAAAGCUGUUGACUCGUGAGCCUGAGCUGCGUCUGGGUUCCGGUCCCACUGAUGCCCAGGAGGUCAUGUCCCACGCCUUCUUCCGCAACAUCAACUGGGAAGACAUCUACCACAAGCGGGUCCCUCCACCUUUCGUCCCCACAAUCAGCAGCCCCACCGAUACCAGCAACUUCGAUCAAGAAUUCACCAGCGUAACCCCAGUCUUAACGCCUGUACAAUCAGUGCUUUCACAAGCCAUGCAGGAAGAAUUCCGUGGCUUCUCCUACACUGCUGACUUCGCUUGA